AGGUAAUCAAAUUGUAAAGGAAAAAUAUUAAUAGUCAGAGUACACAUAAAUGGGUGAUCAUCAUAAUUUAACGGGCCUUCCCGGUACCUCCAUCCCGCCACAGUUCAACUAUUCUCAGCCCGGUACCAGCACCGGAGGGCCGCUUUAUGGUGGAAAACCUUCUCAUGGAUUGGAAGAUAUUCCUGAUGUAGAGGAAUAUGAGAGGAACCUGCUCGGGGCUGGAGCAGGUUUUAAUCUGCUCAAUGUAGGAAAUAUGGCUAAUGAAUUUAAACCAAUAAUCACAUUGGACACGAAACCACCUCGUGAUGCCAACAAGUCAUUGGCAUUCAAUGGCGGGUUGAAGCUAAUCACUCCGAAAACUGAAGUUCCCGACGAGCACACACCGAUGAUGUCACCAGUGAAUACAACUACAAAGAUUCUACAACGGAGUGGUAUUAAAAUGGAAAUCCCGCCAUAUUUGGAUCCAGACAGUCAGGAUGAUGACCCGGAAGAUGGUGUCAACUACCCGGAUCCAGAUUUAUUUGACACAAAAAACACAAAUAUGACCGAGUACGAUUUGGAUGUGUUGAAGCUUGGAAAACCAGCAGUAGAUGAAGCACGGAAAAAGAUCGAAGUUCCCGACGCUAGUGCGCCGCCAAACAAAAUUGUAGAAUAUUUGAUGUAUUAUAGAACGUUAAAAGAAAGUGAACUCAUACAACUGAAUGCGUAUCGGACAAAACGAAAUCGAUUAUCGUUGAACUUGGUCAAAAACAAUAUUGAUCGAGAGUUCGACCAAAAAGCUUGCGAGUCCCUGGUGAAAAAAUUGAAGGAUAAGAAGAAUGAUCUCCAGAACCUGAUUGAUGUGGUUCUUUCAAAAGGUACAAAAUAUACCGGUUGCAUUACAAUUCCAAGGACACUUGAUGGCCGGUUACAGGUCCACGGAAGAAAAGGUUUCCCUCACGUAGUCUAUGGCAAACUGUGGAGGUUUAAUGAAAUGACAAAAAACGAAACGCGUCAUGUGGACCACUGCAAGCACGCAUUUGAAAUGAAAAGUGACAUGGUAUGCGUGAAUCCCUAUCACUACGAAAUUGUCAUUGGAACUAUGAUUGUUGGGCAGAGGGAUCAUGACAAUCGAGAUAUGCCGCCGCCACAUCAACGCUACCACACUCCAGGUCGGCAGGAUCCAGUUGACGAUAUGAGUAGAUUUAUACCACCAGCUUCCAUUCGUCCGCCUCCGAUGAACAUGCACACAAGGCCUCAGCCUAUGCCUCAACAAUUGCCUUCAGUUGGCGCAACGUUUGCCCAUCCUCUCCCACAUCAGGCGCCACAUAACCCAGGGGUUUCACAUCCGUACUCCAUUGCUCCACAGACCCAUUACCCGUUGAACAUGAACCCAAUUCCGCAAAUGCCGCAAAUGCCACAAAUGCCACCACCUCUCCAUCAGGGAUAUGGAAUGAAUGGGCCGAGUUGCUCUUCAGAAAACAACAAUCCAUUCCACCAAAAUCACCAUUAUAAUGAUAUUAGCCAUCCAAAUCACUAUUCCUACGACUGUGGUCCGAACUUGUACGGGUUUCCAACUCCUUAUCCGGAUUUUCACCAUCCUUUCAAUCAGCAACCACACCAGCCGCCACAACUAUCACAAAACCAUACGUCCCAACAAGGCAGUCAUCAACCAGGGCACCAAGGUCAGGUACCGAAUGAUCCACCAAUUUCAAGACCAGUGUUACAACCAUCAACAGUCACCUUGGACGUGUUCCGUCGGUACUGUAGACAGACAUUUGGAAAUCGAUUUUUUGAAGGAGAAAGUGAACAAUCCGGCGCAAUAAUUCGGUCUAGUAACAAAUUCAUUGAAGAAUUUGAUUCGCCGAUUUGUGGUGUGACAGUUGUUCGACCGCGGAUGACAGACGGUGAGGUUUUGGAGAACAUCAUGCCGGAAGAUGCACCAUAUCAUGACAUUUGCAAGUUCAUUUUGAGGCUCACAUCAGAAAGUGUAACUUUCUCAGGAGAGGGGCCAGAAGUUAGUGAUUUGAACGAAAAAUGGGGAACAAUUGUGUACUAUGAGAAAAAUUUGCAAAUUGGCGAGAAAAAAUGUUCGAGAGGAAAUUUCCACGUGGAUGGCGGAUUCAUUUGCUCUGAGAAUCGUUACAGUCUCGGACUUGAGCCAAAUCCAAUUAGAGAACCAGUGGCGUUUAAAGUUCGUAAAGCAAUAGUGGAUGGAAUUCGCUUUUCCUACAAAAAAGACGGGAGUGUUUGGCUUCAAAACCGCAUGAAGUACCCGGUAUUUGUCACUUCUGGGUAUCUCGACGAGCAAUCAGGAGGCCUAAAGAAGGAUAAAGUGCACAAAGUUUACGGAUGUGCGUCUAUCAAAACGUUUGGCUUCAACGUUUCCAAACAAAUCAUCAGAGACGCGCUUCUUUCCAAGCAAAUGGCAACAAUGUACUUGCAAGGAAAAUUGACUCCGAUGAAUUAUAUCUACGAGAAGAAGACUCAGGAAGAGCUGCGAAGGGAAGCAACACGCACCACUGAUUCAUUGGCCAAGUACUGUUGUGUCCGUGUCUCGUUCUGCAAAGGAUUUGGAGAAGCAUACCCAGAACGCCCGUCAAUUCAUGAUUGUCCAGUUUGGAUUGAGUUGAAAAUCAACAUUGCCUACGAUUUCAUGGAUUCAAUCUGCCAGUACAUAACCAACUGCUUCGAGCCGCUAGGAAUGGAAGAUUUUGCAAAAUUGGGAAUCAACGUCAGUGAUGACUAAAUGAUAACUUUUUUCACUCACCCUACUAGAUACUGAUUUAGUCUUAUUCCAAAUCAUCCAACGAUAUCAAACUUUUUCCUUUGAACUUUGCAUACUAUGUUAUCACAAGUUCCAAGCAGUUUCAAUACAAACAUAGGAUAUGUUAACAACUUUUGAUAAGAAUCAAGUUACCAACUGUUCAUUGUGAGCUUUGAGCUGUAUAGAAGGACAAUGUAUCCCAUACCUCAAUCUUUAAUAGUCAUCAGUCACUGGUCCCGCACCAAUUUUUUCGAUUCGCAUAUGUCAUAUAUUGCACCGUGGCCCUUUUUAUUGUAACUUUUAAUAUAUUUUCUUCCCAACUUGUGAAUAUGAUUGAUGAACCACCAUUUUGAGUAAUAAAUGUAUUUUUUGUGGACAUC